AACGCUCAACUGUGCGUACGUGUUUUUGUGCAAUCAAUUUUUAAUUCGAAAUAAUUUUGUAUUAAUAAUUGAUAUAAUAAUAGUUAUCUUGUAUAAUCUAUUGAAUCAAUUCAUUUCUAAUUAAAAUGGGAAAAAGGAAAAGAAACGGAAACCAAUCCCGUAAUCAAUCUGAAGAUAACAAAGAACAAAGUAAAGCUGGAAACUCUCAACAGCAGAAGCAAGAUCAACAAUUAAAACCAAUACAACAACAUCAACAAGAUGCGGGGAGAAGUUUUGAUGAAGGAAAGCAACAUCAACCAACUCCUUUAAUGGUUUCAAAACCCCAACAAACAUUAUCUGCUGAUGCAGUGCAACUACAAUGUAAACCAUCAACUGGUGAUACUCAACAACCAAGUUGUAGCCAACAUCAGAGUAUAAAACAAGUUGAAUUGGCAACGACCUCAGUUGAUACUCAAACAUCAAAUUUAAAAAAUAAAGAGGAACAAAUUACUAUUAAACACGGAGGGGGAUGUGUUGAAUUAAUAGAACCCCAACUUAAAAACAAGUUGCGUCAAGGGGGUACCGAAAAUAAAUCCCGCAAAAUUGAUGUUCUCACAAACCACUUUGCGUUAAAAUUGGGCAAAACUACAGCAAUUCAUUACGAUGUCAACAUCGUUCCUAAUACUCCAAAAAAAUUUUUGAGGCAAGUCAUGGAAAUUUUUCGCCUCAAUCAUUACCCCGAUCGUUACCCAGCAUUUGAUGGAUCGAAAAAUCUUUACAGCGCCUAUAGUUUAUGCGAUGAUACAAUGUUUGGAGAGGUUAAGGUUCAAGAUGGCGAUCGCUCCAAAGAAUUCAAAGUUACUAUAAAACCAAUAGUACGAAUUGAUUUAUCGAUUUUAGAAAGUUAUUUCGAAAACAUCGAUCGAGAAGUGGGCGAUAAACCAAUGCAAGCGCUUCAAUGUUUGGAUGUAAUACUACGUAGUGGACCAAGUUUGCGUUGUAUUCCGGUUGGGCGAUCGUUUUUUAAUACGCCGAGUGGUUCCAUGAUAAAAUUAGGAGAUGGGACCGAAUUAUACAACGGAUUUUAUCAAUCGGUUACAAUUGGGUGGAAGCCCUUUUUAAAUUUAGACAUUGUUCACAAAGCUUUUCCUUUAGCGAUAAACGUAAUUGAUUUUAUCGAGGAUGUUUUAAAACGAGCGAAUCGGGAUAAUUAUUUAAAUAAAAGAGAUGAAGAUGUAAUAAGGAAACAUUUAAAAGGAUUAAAAGUAAACUAUGAAUUACCUAAACAAGCGAUAAAACGUGCUUACACAAUCAAUGAUAUCUCUAAACCAGCUAAUCAAGCUACAUUCAAAGAUGAUAGCGGCGCUAUACAAACUGUUGAAAACUUUUUCGCCUCAAAGCGAAAUUACAAAAUAAAAUAUCCAAAUUGGCCAACUUUAUGGGUGGGAAAUAAAACGAAAAAUAUUUACAUCCCAGCGGAAUUAUGCACGAUCUUAAGCGGUCAAGUGGUCAAUAAAAAAAUGUCCAAGAUUCAAACUGAAAGAAUGAUCCAAGAGACUGCAACCACCGCCCCACAACGUAUGAAAAAAAUUAUGGAAUCAAAGCAUAACGCUAAUUUCAAUGCGUGUGGACAAAUUCAAGAAUUUAACAUCACCAUUUCUGAUAAACCCGAAGAAAUUCAAGCUAGAGUUCUUCAAGCUCCCACUUUAACUUAUAAUGGAAAUCGAAGCGUUCAAGUUAAAGGAGGUGUUUGGUAUGGGCAACAUUUUUUAAAUAAAGCUGAAAUUGAUACGUGGACGAUUAUUUCGAUGGAUAAAUGGGUUGAUACUAGAGAUAUGGGAGAAUUGGAAAAAUGCAUAAUUCAAAGCGGUAAAAAAUAUGGUGUAAAAUUUCCAGCUGCAACAAGAACCAAAGGGAAUUUUCUAAUAAUAGAAGAUCGUUUUAAACCCGAGAAAACCAAACAAAAACUCGUCGAUUAUUUAGAAAACAACAAAUACGAUUUAACCGUAGUGAUUAUACCUGAUACAAAGAUGGCUUAUUCCUGUGUAAAACAAGCGGCGGAAAUAACCGUUGGUACUUUAACACAAUGCAUCAAAAGCACAACUUUGAAAAAGUUAUUGCAAAAUAUCGAUCGUAGAGGACACUCUCAAUCAACCACCGACAACAUCGUAUUGAAAAUUAACGCAAAACUAAAAGGAGUUAAUCACGUCUUAAGUAAUUAUUUUCGACCAAGUAUUCUCGAGGAACCAAUCGUAAUAAUGGGGGCUGAUGUAACCCAUCCGAGUCCAGAUUCUCAAAAUAUACCAAGCGUGGCGGCCGUAACUUGUUCGUACGAUAGAAACGCGUUCAAAUAUAUUUUUAGUUCUCGUUUACAAGAACCUAAAUUAGAAAUUAUUAAAGAUUUAGAAACGAUUGUUAUGGAGCAAUUGAAAUUUUUUAACCGCAUUACUAAUCGUUUUCCACAACGUAUCGUAUUCUAUAGAGAUGGAGUUUCAGAUGGACAAUUUCGAGAAGUACUCUCCAGCGAAUUGGGAGCAAUUCGGAGUGCUUGCUCUAAACUAAACGUUAAUUAUAAACCGAAAAUAACGUUUUUUGUGGUGCAAAAGCGCCACCAUACCCGAUUAUUUCCGAAAAAUCCACAAGAUUCCGAGGAUAAAAAUGGAAAUGUACCGGUGGGAACUUGCGUUGAUAAGAUGAUUACUCGCCCGACUUUCUACGAUUUUUAUCUAGUUAGUCACGCUAGUAUUCGGGGAGUUGCGAGACCGACAAAAUAUGUACCGCUUUGGGAUGAUGCCGAUAUGUCCGAAGAUGAAAUUCAAGAAUUAACUUUUUAUUUGUGCCAUUUAUACGCUCGGUGUAAUCGCUCUGUUAGUUAUCCCGCACCGACUUAUUACGCUCAUUUGGCUGCUGCUCGCGCUAAGGCUUACAUUGAAACUGAGCAAGUCAUCGAUAUCGAUAAAUUGGAGGAGCUGCAACAAAAAAAGAUGGUUAAGGAGAAUAUAAGUAGAGAGUUGCCGAUGUAUUUCGUUUAAUUUUUCUUUUAUACCAACAUUUAUUUCGUGGUAAACACUAAAAUAUGUAACGCUUAUCUUUAUAAUAAUUAGUAGUAUAUAGAAUAUCUGCUUAUGUAACGAAUUACAAAUAAAUAAAGGCAAUAUUAAUAUCCUU